GCGCUGCGCGCGACGCACGUCGGCUAUGUCUCCGGCGGGUCGUGCCGCGUCGAGGAGCGGCCGCUGCGCGACUCCGACUUCAGCGAGGCCGACCGCGGAGUGCGCAACUCGCUCGGCGGCGGGGACGACGACGACUCCAACGCCGAGCUGAGCGCCGCCGAGGCCAAGGCGGCUCGCGAGCUGGAGCGGCAGCGGCAGAAGCGGCUCUCGGCGGCGCCCAAGAAGAUCGCCACCAUCGAGAGCAAGGUGGACGCCCUCGAGGCGGAGCUGCAGGAGAUCGACGGCGCGAUGCUGCAGGCCGGCGCCGACGUGGCGAAGCUGGCCGAGCUGGGCGCGGCGAGGGAGGGCGUGCAGCAGAGGGUGGACGGGCUGUACGCCGAGUGGGAGGAGCUCGAGGAGCUGCUCGCAGCGAGCCAGCCCGUGGGCAGCGGCGGGUAG